AUGAGUGUGGCAGGAGGACAAGCAGCCGCUGAUGAAAGAGGCAAUCGCUUUGCCGGAACCGAAGGCGUUUACCUUUUACCUCAUCAUGCAAAGGAGAUUGAACGGCUCAAGACACAACAUGCCUUUAUUCUAUCGUCAACCGGAGGCGUAUUGCUCACUGCACCUCUGAAGCCAGCGGUGAAAGUCCUCGACUCGGGUGCGGCAGAUGGUACUUGGCUGAGGGAUCUCCCUCGUCUGUACCCGUCAACAAAAUGGUCACUGCACGGCAUCGACAUCGCCUCUGCCCUUUUCCCCCGAGAUGCUGGAGAGCUGGACCUUCGCGAAGUUGACAUUAGGGGUCCUCCGCCGCCUUCACUGCAGUGGCAGGGCGGAUUCGACCUCAUCCACCAGCGCCUCUUGGUCUGGGGCCUUCCGGGGGCAGAAUGGCCAAAGGUGCUCAAGAACCACUACUCUCUUCUCAAGCCGGGGGGCUACAUCGAGCUCGUUGAAGCCCAAUGGAUCGACAGAGACCAUUCAUUCGAUGCUUCGAAAUUUCCCAAUCUGGCCAAAAUUACCAAGGUUCAACAAUGGAGCGGGUCAAAUUUCGGCAUGGACAUGUACAUUGCCUACCGUUUAGAGGAGCUCCUUCAACAAGCUGGAUUUAAAGUUGUAUCCAAGACACAAUACAGCUUGGGGUAUGGCGCAAAGGCCAGAGAGGAAAAGUGGAGGGAGAAGUCGGCAGACAUGUGGAUUGAUACAUUCCGCGGAUUCGGGCAGAAAUGGCCAGUCGGUGGUAUCCCAGGAGCUGCCGAGACUGUAGAGGAGUUUCAUGCAUUGUUGGAUGAUUUGAGGGGAGAGCUACUGGAAUACGGAGUUGCGCCAAAGAUAAAUUUUGUUGUUGGACAGAAGCCAGAAUAG